AUUUAUUUUAAAACUAUUUCUUUGUAGACUUUUAUAAAUGAAUUAAUAAAAUGUUGACAACAUGACUGAAACAUGAACCUCCAUGUUUUCUGUCACUAGCAGCUAAAUAAUCCAAAUUACUGCUAAUGUUGUGUAAGUUUACAAACGGCUCCCUGGAGUUUCCAGCUCUUUCCUCCUGAAUGUUUCCUUUCAUUCGAGGUUAAUUGAUUAGUCAGAGAAACAGGAAGCUGACAUCACACGGCGCCCCAGCCAAUCAGGACGCUGAUAUCUUCCCCCCAAACCCAGACGGAUUUUUAAGAUCUUCUUCCAUCAUCAUCGUUAUUCCCAGUGGGCUCAGCUGGUCGGAGCAGCUUUUAUCGGCUCUGUCCUCGUUUUUAGAGUUCACCUCCACAGCUGGAGCGCCGAGUCGUGCAGAUCCACCUGAAGAGCUGCAGGAAGUUUCAGGUGAAGUAUUUCACACCAGAAAGGAUUCGGUUUGUGCUUCUGCUUUCCUUCUCUGCUGCAGCUCCACGGAUUCGUUUUGGAAACGGGACUCGAUGUUUGGCUCGUCAUCCAGUGUCCCAAACCGGCUCAGAUUCUGCAAAUGGAAAUUUAAAUCAGAGAAUAUAAAGCUGAAUUCUUCAGUUUACCUCAGGGAGACGUAAAGUCAGGAAGCACUUUGAAUAUUCAUGGAAAGAGGAAAGUUGGUUUCAAACUUGAACAAGUUGUGUGUGAAGUUUGAAACGGACCAGAGUCUGGUAAAAACACUGGGAGCUCCUCAGGAAGACUGGACGUUUGGUUUGAUCAGAAAUCAUUUAAUCCAGAUUUAAAAACAGCAUCUGGGUCUGAUUGUGCUCCAGGCCAUGUUUUGGGUGUGGCCUCGGUCCUCCUAACAGCAACGUCUCAUUAAGUCUAGAGUCUUUGGAGGAUUUUAGAGAAUCUUGUUCACUAACUGAUCAAAUCACAUUUCUCCUUUUCCAUCUAAUAUAAUUUGAUCAGUUUUUCUUUCGGUCGGAUUAAAAAAUAUAAACAUUGACAUUUGAGUCAGUUUUGGACGUUUUGGUUAUUCCAGGUUCACAAACUGUGGUCAGGAAAUGUUGAUGAAUCUUAAUGAGGUGAUUUAAUCCGGUUCUGGUUCUGGAGUCAUGAAGGCCUCUGAAGUCCUCUCAUUGGUUCUGCUGGUUCUGGCCGUCCUGGCUGGUUCUGGUGAAGAUGAAGAUCUGUGACGUCCAUUUUGUUUCUCUUCAGAGCAGCAGAGGAAGAAAUGGCAGAGAGUCCAGAUCACAAGACCAGCGCCCUGCUCAGAGCCUCCCAUCUGCCUCUGGUCCGCUCCGUGUUCCGGUCCGUGUCUUCCGUCCUCUCCGGGGUCAAAGAGCGCUACCCCCUGCUGGGCCUCGUGGGGGGCGUGGCAGAGGUCGGAGUUCGCGGCGUGUCUGAAGAAGCCCUGAGACGGGCCACGCCCCUCCUCCAGAGUCUGGAGCCCCAGAUCGACCUCGCCAACAGGUUGGCUCUGACGGGUCUGGACAGCCUGGAGAGGAGUUUUCCCAUCCUGAACCAGUCCACAGAGGAGGUGAUGACUCACUUGAAGGACGCCUUCUUUUUGACUCUGGAUGAUGUCCAGGUGUGGGUGGUGGACGGCCUGGACGGAGCUCUGGACCAGCUGGAGCGAGCCGCUGACUCGGUCCGGACGGCCGGACGGCAGCUGCAGGAAACGCAGGUGGGGCAGGCGGCGGCGGCGGGGCUGGACAACGUCCUGAGUCUCCUGGAGGACUCUGCCGCCUACUACUUACCCCUCCCUCCUACACUGCGCCAGGAAUGGGAGAUGAAGGUCCAGCAGUACGAGGAUGAGGAUGACGGAGACGAGCCGGGCCUCUGGACCAGAGUCCGCAGCCUGCUGCUGACCGUCAGCCUGCAGCUGUAUCACCGCAUGCUAAAUGCCAGGGAGCAGCUGCAGGGAGCUGCCCGGGCACUGGGGGGCGCCGCUGAGCAGGUGGGUCUGACUCGGGUCCUGGAGUUAACAGGUGAGCUGCUGCAGUACUUCCAGAGCCUCCUGGUGGCGCUGUUGUUCCGCGCAGAGAGUCUGAGAGAGGCCACACUGAGGGAGCUGGUGGAGCGGGCGGCCAUGUUGGCCGAGCUGAGCCCAAUUCGACAGGUCCGAGAACUGCCAGUUCACAUCCAGCAGCUGCUCCACGACCUGCAGCAGCUCUCCAAGAUCCUGCUGCAGGUCGUGAUCAACACCACGCCGCUCUACAGCAUGGUACGCCUGACACACACCUGGAAACACACCUGA